AAUUUGCAAGUAGUAGCUCAUUCUUUGUUUUGAGUACUAGCUAGCUAGUGCUUCUAUUGUUGCAGCAGCAGCAGCAGCACUCACCGAGUCAUUCCCUGAGUGGGCAAAAUGAGGAACCAUUUGUACGUGUCGGUGAUGAUCAUGAUAUUCAUCUCCUUUGGUAGUAUGAUCGAUGCUGAUCCCUACAGCAACCCUGCCGCGCAGGGGCCAGCUCCGCCGCCUCCGUUUGGAGUUUCAGGGAAGGAGUUCCCACCAGGAUCAACCUCGUGCCCCAACUGCUCUCCCCAAAACAUCACUUGCCCUUCUCAGUGCCCUUCCUUCAAGCCGUCCGAUCCUACGGCUAAAGCUUGCUCCAUUGACUGCAACUCUCCCACAUGUGAAGCCACCUGCAUCAGUCGCCAACCUAAUUGCAAUGGCAAGGGUUCUGGUUGUGGGGAUCCCAGAUUCGUCGGAGGAGACGGCAUCGUAUUCUAUUUCCAUGGCAAAACCAACCAGCAAUUCGCUCUAGUCUCAGAUCAAAACCUACAAAUCAACGCCCGCUUCAUCGGCCAUCGACCCGAAGGAAGAAAGAGGGACAACACCUGGAUCCAAGCACUAGGUCUCGUAUUCCACGACGGGCAUCACCAAUCUCACACUUUCACCCUAGCCAGUUCUACCAAGGUCGCUCAGUGGGACGAUAACGUGGAUCGACUUCACUUCACUUACGACGACAAAUCCCUGAUCAUCGGCGAAGGCCACCUCUCCAACUGGGAUGCUCCCGAUGGUAGUGGUCUAUUUGUCGAGCGAACCGCCAAGGUCAAUAGUAUCACUGUGACCCUGCCAAACCUGGUGGAGAUAUCCGCAAGUGUAGUCCCAAUAACGAGGGAAGAUGACCGAAUCCAUAACUACCAGAUCCCGCUGUCUCAGGACUGCUUCGCUCACUUGGAGGUGCAAUUCAGGUUCUUCCGCAUGUCGGAAAGCGUCGAAGGCGUGUUGGGACAGACGUACCGGCCCGAUUUUCAGAAUCCGGUGAAAAGAGGUGUGGCCAUGCCAAUCAUGGGCGGCGAACGCAACUACAUGACCUCUUCUCUUACUUCCGUUGAUUGUAACAAUUGCAUCUUCUCCUUGUCCGAUCAAUAUGAUUCGUUGGUGUCCAAACCUUUAGCAUUAGAAGAGGUCAAGAACACGGUGAAGUGCAGUAGCAUGAAUGAUGCUGGGCGAGGAGUUGUUUGCCGCCGGUAGAGGCAUAAUCCAUUCGUCGAGCGAGAUUCGAAAUAAGUGAUGCGGUCUAGAGUGUCUCUUAGCUGCUAGAUUGAUUAUCGUUGCAGUAUACGUUAUUGUACUACUAAAGAGAUGGAUCCCAGUCAAGUUUUUUUUUUUGCUUUUUUGUUUUCGGUUGAGCGCUGAAAUAAAUCUCAAUUUCUAGCGUA